GAACUAACUGUGUUCUCCUGGCUUAAUUUAGUGGCAGGGAAGCUCCUGAAAGGCAGAGUGAUGUUGAGAAGGUCUUGGGAGGUAUUAUAGCUGCAGUGAUAAGUACUUGUGUUUCAGGCUGGUUUUAGAAGUAGAAAUCAUACUUCAUUUGUUAGGGUCUUUAAUGUCAUAAUCCCACACAAGCAUCACUAGAUUUCAAUUACAAUUUAAAAUAUUUAAUCUUUUUUGUUUCGUUUUUAUGGCCCUUUUAUUGAAGAAAAUAAUGGGCUUAACAGUGAGGUGCAAUUAGUUUUAUCUCUAGUCUGCACCAUGGGUGUAUGACUUUCUUCUGGUGUUCACUCAAACUCUGUAACAUACCCCCCAGCCCCUUGAAGGUACUGGGUAGCAUGUUCUAUAUCUCUGAGAGCUAUCAGCAUCUUGUAUAACCAUGGUCAGAGCAUUCUGCAAGUGCUCUGCAGUCUUUAAUCAGCCUGCCAAUAUCCAGCAUAGUUUUAGGUGUUUAGUUUAACUGAAUUUACAUCCAAGUGAUAAUACAAAAUCAUUGGCUUGCUUAGUGUUAAGCAAUAAAUCCAGGAACAGCAGAUCUUCCAAGUCUCUAUGUCCUGCUUCCUGGAAGAACCUUCCUCUUACAGCUUAUUCUGCACAUUUCUGCAUCUGGCUGCAUUUUAUGUGGACAGCACCAUACAAGGAUAGAAGUGGAAAACUGGAAAUUUUGUUCUGUAAUAGCUCAGAUGAAUAGUAAUAAAUAAGGCUUUCUUCAUAGAGUGGUUUGGAGUGGGAGGGGCCUUAAAUAUCAUCUAGCACCAACCCCCCUGCCAUGGGUCUGAACUCCUUCCACUAGACCAGGUUCCUCAGAGCACCAUUUAACCCGGCCUUGAACACUUCCAGGGAUGGAGCAUCCAGAACUCUGAUUGUCUCACCACCCUCACAGUAAAGAAUUUUUUCCUGAGGUCUGAUGUAAACCCACUUCCUUUCAGUUUGAAGCCAUUCAUCCUUGUCCUGUCAUUCUAGGCCUUUGUUAAAACUCUCUCUCCACCUUUCUUGUAGGCUCCUUUCAGGUAUUGGAAGGCCACAGUUAGAUCAUCUCAGAGCCUUCUCUUUUUCAGGCUUAAAAAUGCCAAUGCUUUUGAAGACUGUGAAAAGAAGUGAUACUAAAACUGUUUUCCCCCACAUCUAAUCAGAGUGGUUUCUUACAGUAAUGAACAGCUUCUCAGUUUUCUAGAACAUUUCUUUGCAGUAGUAAUGAUGAGCCAGGUUCCUUGCUGAGUGUUGAAUUUGGCUUUCAGAUACAUCAGCAUAUAUUAGUGUUAUUCAUUAAUAAUGGAAAUCAGGUAACUGGGAACCACACAAAAGGAUGAUGAAUGGUGAAUUUCCCCCAUGUGCUUUACAUGUCUCCUAGCUACCUUCCAACCCAGUGAAUUACUUCCUUUGUAGUAUAUUUUUGAUAUGAGAAAUGCAUGGGUUUAAUGGAAGACUUUUCAUAGAACAUGGAAAAUCAGAAUUGUAAAAUCAGAAGAUAGAAACAUUUUAAUCCUAUGUCUUGCAGAUAUAAAUGGUAAUAAAAUUAUUCUAAGCAUGGUUGUUUUGCUGGCUUUCUUCACAGAGUUAUAGUGAACAUCAUUCACGGUGUCCAAGGGUACCAUUCAAAGACAAUACAUUUUCUGAAUGUGGCUUUCAACAAUUCUGGGGAUUCUCUCCUUGCUGGAGACCGCCAAGGGAAUAUAUAUGUUUUUGACUUGAAUGGGAACAGGAACCCAGGAGCUAGUUAGUUGGAUGAGAGGCCAUGAGUCUUCAGUAUCUUCCAUCUCUGUCCAUGGCUCUGGCAAGUAUGCCAUCACUACUUCCACUGAUACAGCUCAGCUGUGGGACUUGGACACCUUUCAGAGAAUAAGAAAACUGAAUGUUCGUCAGUCUGUGGGUAUACAAAAGGUUUUUUUUCUUCCAUUGAGUAACACCAUUCUCAGCUGUUUCAAAGAUAAUUCUGUUUUUGCAUGGGAAUUUGAUACUCUUCACUGUAAAUACCAGUUGCCAACUCCUGUAGAAGGUUCUGUAUUAUUUUAUAAGGUGUUUGCAGUUACCAGGGAUAGUCGGACUUUGGUAGCUGGUGGGAAGUCAAAUCAUCUUCAUUUAUGGUCUUUGCAAUUAAAGCGGUUGGUAAGAAUAAUCCAGAUGCCUGAGAAAGUGCGAAGUGUCCGUCACCUGGAAUUCCUCCCUGACAGUUUUGAUGGGGGCUCCAAUAAGGUCCUUGGAGUGUUAAGUCAAGAUAAUGUUAUGAGAUUUAUCAACAUAGAAUCAUGCAAACUUCUUUUUGACAUUGGGAGUCCUGAAGAGGGAAUUAGUACAGCAGUGAUUAGCCCCAAUGGACGGUAUAUUGCCUCAGUAAUGGAAAAUGGAAGCCUUAACUUAUACAGUGUCCAAGCUUUGACUCAAGAAGAAAAUAAGCCUCCACCAGCCAUGUUCAAAGUUGUAGAAGAUGGGCCCAAGUACACACCAGAGGAAAAUAAACUGAUCACAAAAGUGACUUCAGGAAAGUCAAAGGGUCCAUGGAAAUCCAAACAAAGCAAAAUUCAAAGCAGAUUGCUAAAAGUGCAAGCAACUACAUCACUUGAAAAUAAAGAGAACGAAUUGCCAAGUGGAUUAAACAAGAAACGUCUGCAGGCCUUAUUGAAAGGAUUUGGAGAAUAUCCAGCUAAGUACAGGAUGUUUGUUUGGCGUUCCUUAUUACAACUUCCUGAAAACCACUUGGCAUUCAGUAGCCUGAUAGACAGGGGAAUCCACAGUGCAUUCGUAAAUAUUCAGAAAGAGUAUCCUAUCAAAAGUAGGAAAUUGCUGAGAGUUCUACAGAGGACCUUGUCAGCCCUAGCUCACUGGUCUGCUAUCUUUGCUGAGACACCUUACCUGCCUUUGCUAGCAUUCCCAUUUGUAAAACUAUUCCAGAACAACCAACUGAUCUGCUUUGAAGUUGUUGCUACAGUAGUAGUUAAUUUUUGUCAGCAUUGGUUUGAGUACUUUCCCAAUCCUCCACUUAAUGUCCUUGGUAUGAUGGAAAAUGUUUUGGCACACCAUGACAAAGAACUGCUGCGGCAUUUAAUAAAAUACAAUGUGACUUCACAGGUUUAUGCUUGGCCUCUCCUAGAAACACUAUUAUCUGAGGUUCUAACAAGAGAAGAAUGGCUGAAAGUCUUCGACAAUAUAUUCUCCAACCAUCCUUCAUACUUUCUAAUGAUUGUUGUUGCCUAUAUUAUAUGUUCCAGAGUUCCCUUGCUCCACUGUAAUCAAGCAGCAGAUUUUGAGUAUUUCUUUCAUCAUCGUAACAACGUGGACAUUAAUGUUGUGAUUAAGGAAGCCUAUCAUCUUAUGGAGGCUACACCACUGGAUAUCCAUCCACAGCACAUGCUUGAUGACUUCACACCACUUACAAAAGGACAGUACCCUGUAUUCAAUAAAUAUCCCACGUUCAUUGUGGAUUACCAAGCUCGGGAAUGGGAGAAGAUCAGGCAGGAUGAAAUUGAAUACUUGCGAAAGAGACAAUUAGCACAUGAAUCAGAAGCCAAAGCACAGGAACAGAAAGCAGAAGAUGAAGCCUGGUAUCGAAAGCAGAAAUUACUUCGAGAAGCUGAAGAGCAGAAGCGAAAAAUCCUGCUAGAAGAAGAAGAGAAGUUGGCAGAACAGAGGCAGAGGCUUGCUGUUGGGAAAAAAGAACUGAAAGUAAAGGAACUGCAACUUCUAGAUGCUUCAAGAAGGCGUUUUCUGAACUACCAGCAAGAUCAGCUUCAAAUGGAACUGAAGCGUCUUGAUGAUGAAAUUGCAAGAAAGGCAUCUUUGAGAGAGCAGGAAACAGCUGCUGCUGUUCAAGAUAUAGAACUACGGCAGAUGGAACUUGAAUCACAAAAACAGCUUUUUGAACAGCAUCUAAUCAAAGACCAAGAGGGAGUUACAAAGGAAAUGAAAGAAGAGGUAGAAGCCCAUCGAAGAAAGGUGGAUCUGGAAGAUCAACGUGUUCAGAGAUUGAUAGAAAUAGAUAGAGAAGAAACACAGAAAGCUCAUACAGUGGCUGAAGAAAAUUUAGCCAAAGCUGAGCAGAAGCACAUUGACACUGACUGGAGGCUGCAAGCGCAGCGGAGACUUAGGCGUGAUGAUCAGGACCGGGAGAGGUGCUACAAAGAGAUUGUCAAGCUCCUGCAUGACAACAGGGUGAAAGAAGCUGAACUGCUAAAGGCCAUGAGGGAGACUGAAGAAAAAAAGACAUUUAAUAUCUCUGUUGCACAGUGGGAAGAGGUUGUACACAAUAAAGCUCGACUGGAGGAAGAGCAGAAGGCGGCUGCUGCUGCAGAUGGGCACAGGAAGCAGUUCUUAGAUGACAAAAUGAAUGAUGCAUUAGAAUUGGCUGAGAAGCUGCAUAGGGAAGAUGGCUGUUUUGAGAGCCUGCACAAUUUUAAGGCCAGAUGUACAGAGAGAGGGGUAGAAAUCCAGCAGGUGCCAAGGUCUGGAAACAUCUGUCUUGAUGAUUUGUCUACAUUGGCAUCAUCACCACACAGCAGAAGACGAGCAGAACUGGCACGGCAGGAGCGGGAGCUGAUGGCAGAAGUGCGGCGGCUCAGACAAAGGCUCACCUCACGGGCCCAAACCAGGCACUCUCCAGCUACAACAUGGUCACCUUGAGACAGUUUGCUCUGGACCUUAGCUGUAGUUUCAAAUUAUUAAUCAGUGAAAAGCUAAAUAUGUAUAGUGUGAUGCAGGAUGUAUCAUAGACUGUUUAUUAAAGGCUUUUGGAGAUAUUUUUAUAUAAGAAUAAAAUCCUAGCUAGAAAAUGUCUUUUGUUUGUAACUUUGUUAUUUUUUACUUCUAAAAUAAACUCAUUUUUUACCAUUAA